AUGGCUACUUUUAUCGGUUUACGCGUGAUUUGGUGAAAUAGAAACCACGAAUGGAAAUGCUCACCAUUUUCUCUGCUUCACGCCACCAUAAUUUCUUCACUUAUUCCAUUUCCAGAACUUUGAAUUCCGAUUCACUUCAAGCUUCGAUCUUCCCCCCGAAAUUCCAUCCCCUCCGUCACUCACUCCCCUUCCGCCUUCGUCCCAAUUCCACAACGCGCGGCCCACGUUGUAUCUCAGCCGCCCCCCGUCCACCUUCUCCGCCUGACUCGGACCCCCCAGAUUCCAUUGAAACAGCUUUGAAGGCAGCCAGUUGCGGUGUUCUUAUGGUCCAUCUUUCCAUGGAACAGGGCUAGUGGGAAAGUUAUAUAGAUUUAAGGAUCGUGCACGGAUCUUCUUUUCUGUUCUUUUCUGGUUGUCUUUGUUCUUCUGGUACUCUGCAUGGGAUGGAAGGAAUCCCGGUAAACCUACUAAAGGAUCUCGAUUUAGAAGAUAAUCUAGU